AUGUUUCAAUAACGAUUUGAUUAUUUAAAACUGCCUAAUCAAGUAGCUGAUAAUAUUAAAUUAAAUCGUAAUAUACUCUUUUAUUCUAUCUAGCGAUUAAUAUCAAGAGUGGAGUUGGAUAAAAUGCAAUUAGAAAUAUCUUCAAAAACUAAGAUUAUGAUUAAUUUGAAAGGCAACAAAUUAAUUCAUUAGUUUAAGAGCUUUAAAGGAAUUAAAAAUAUGAUCCAAAUAUACAUUCUGAUAGUUUACUACUAAGAUAUUUGUAUGCAAAUAAAUUUGAUAUCUAAUAUUCAUUUGAUGUAUUUAAUCAUAGAAAAUAUAGCAAUUGAUACAAAGAGAUGCCAUAUUAUCAUAGCCUUCUUAUCUUAAUUUAAAUUAUGAAGUUGAAGCCUUAUAUGUAAUAUGAUAAAAUAAUAAACCUAGUAAAAGGGAGCUAUAUAUAUAGAGGGCAGAACUGAAAAUCAUAUUCCUUGCAUUGCAGUAUCAACAAAAUUGAUAGAUGAUUUAGUUUUAUUUGAAAAGGCGGCUGUUAUAUUAUGCAAGAUAGUUGAAGAAUUAAUGUUUUAUUCAGGUAAAGUGGAAUCGUGGAUUGUUGUAAUUUAAACUAAAGAUUAAAGUGCUUUCAAAAUGCCUCUAGACAAAAUAUUUUAAAUUAUUAAAACAUUAUAGACAUGUUUCCCAAAUUCAUGUUAAUAAAUUUAUAUAUUGAAUAGUACACUUUCAAUUAAUUUAUUAAUGUAAUAAAUAGAAGGUAAAUAAAUUAAAUAAUUUAGAUUAUAUUGAUCCAAUUACAUUAAAUAAGAUUAAAUACUUAAAGGACAAGGAAUUAUCAAUACUCUCUAAUUAAUUCAAUCCUGAAUAUUUAGAAUAAUCUUUAGGAGGUUAAAAAAUAUUAUAGUCAUACUGGCCUCCUGAUCCAAAUGAUUAUAUCUAUGAUAUUCCAUAACAAUAAUAAUAAUCAUAAAAAGAAUUGCCAAUCUAUGAAGAAGAGCCUCAAGUCAUUUUCUAAUAACCAACUAAUAAUAUGUAAUAUCUUAAUCAAGCUCCCUAAGAAGUAGAAAUAUACUCUCCACCUCCUCCUAUAAAUAAUCAAGUUUAUCAACCUAUUAUUUAAUAAUAAUCACCUUCUUAACCUCCUUUGACAGAAAAAAAAAAAAAAUGUAUUUGUGUUAAGUGUUCAAGAGAUCUAGACGAUCUUGCAUCUUAACCACCAUAACCUAAAUAAUUAGUAUCAAAACCUAAAUUAUUAGAAUCACAACCCCUUUAAUAACCUACAAUAUCUCAAUAAUAACCAUAAUAAAUUUAAGAAAUUUUAAAAAGUUAAGAUUUGAAUGACACUUAUGUACCAUAUGAGAGAAAAUAUGGUAGUGUUUUAAAUGAUUCAUAUUUAUCUUAAAUUAACAAUGGAAGUAAUCAAUUAUUAUAAGAUAAUACCUAGAGUAAUCAGCCACAGUUUGGUGGAAAUUCUUUUAAUAAUAAUUAAUUGUAAUAAUAAUAAUAAUAAAUUUAAUAAAAUAAUUAAAAAUCUAAUAAGCCAAGUUUUGAUAUUCCUUUUUAUGAUUCAAACUCGAUGAGGGGAUCUGAAAAUUAAGAAUUUAAAUAGAAAUUAUAAAAUUCAAGUAAAGUUAAUUAAGAAAUAUAAGCAAACAUGGAUGAUUUCAUGAUAGAUGAUAAAAGUGAUUAUUAACCUAAAUACAGUAAUAAAUAUAGCAGACCCUAUUAAACAUCUCAAUCUAGCAGACCCAGCAAUAAUAAUUAAAAUUUCUAAAAAUUAAUUAAUUAACCUUCCUAAAAUCCUAUAAAUUAAUCUGUGUUAUCCUAAGUACCAGCCUCAAAUCAAUAACCAUCUUAAUAAUAUAUACCAACAAUUUCAUAUCAACCACAAAGUUAACAGUAAAUUAAUUAUCCAAUUAAAAAUGAUUUAAUUUAAUAAGAACCAGUACAUAUUUAGGAAUUUGAUAAUAACUUAAAUUAUAGUUAAACAUAUUACUAACCUCAGAUUUCAAAUGAUCCUAAAAAGAAAUAUGACUUUAGUUAAUGGGAUAAAUAUAAUGAUAUUAAUGAUCCUUAUCCAGUCUAAUCCUAUAUAUCUAAAUCUAAUAACUAUAACAACAACCCUUAUUUAUAAACAAGUCCUUACAAAAAUAACUUAGGAAAUACAGAAGAUUAUAAUCAUUUGUAUGAUAAUACAGGUGAUUAUAAACCUGGAGAAUUCCAACCUUCAACAUAUAGUUUUACUCCAUAUGAUUUCAAAUAUAAUGAUUAAUAAUAUCAACCUAGAAUUGAAGGCACCACUAAAUCAAAUGUGUAAAAAUAUUUUUAUAUUCAAAUAGGGCUCAAUAAUAGAGUCAAUUAAAACCAGGACAACAAGCAUGCCAAAUUUUCUGA